GACAGUGUAUCACAGGUGGCAAGAAGGUCCAUGGAUACUUCACAAGAUGUCUUUGAGCUUCAAAAUUUAGAACGCAACCUAAUCAAUCAAGAAGAUCAGAACUAUGGAUUUCAGGUAACUGAAGAUGUGAAUAGGAUUGGGCAAUGUAAAAGUGAACAUUGUGUUACUGUGGACAAAAGCCCAGAGUUCCAAGCAGAAAUUAUCCCUGAGUUUAAGAAAGUCAAUGAUCAAAUAGUAAAAAUUACCCCUGAACCAGACAGAAAGCAGAUGAACACAUCUGCUAAUUCACGAACUAGAGACCCUAACAGUACAGAAGCAGCUAACAGAUGGAAAGGUAACUUCCCUAGUGAUUCAGUCAGCACAUCUUCUGAUAGUGAAGAUGAACCUAAACACCAUUGCUCUCAGUACCUCAUAAGGCCCAGUACCCAUAGAGCAGCAAGCACAGUCAAGAACAUGGAUCUUUCUGAUGCCGAUUAUGCCACUGAUGAGCCCAGCGGAGCUGAAGAUUACUCCAUGAAAAGCUGUGGAAAAUCACUUGCCAAGAAGUUUGGUCUUCAGGAGCUUAUAGAACAACAGGGAGCCUCCCUUAUUGUAAGCAGUAGCAGCAACAGCAGCAGCGAAUCUAGUAUCAAAGAUAGCAGCCUGAGAUGUGGAAAAACUGUCUCUCCCCUUAGAAAAUCUCCCUUUCAUCCCUCACAAACAAGAGGAGAAAAAGAGCCUGAAACACAGAGCCAGGGUAUUGCCAGCAAUUACAGCAGAGAAUUCAAUCUGCAGCCUCCUUCCUUGACAAGUGAUCUUGUGGCUAGCCUCUUCCCUGUUUUCAAGAACAAAGCAAAACUAGAAGAGCAAGUUCAAAAAAGGCAUGUGAGCAAGUUAGAGGAAUGUGAACAGGAGGUUCCAGUGCCCCACAGAGAAACCUCUCUGCUAGCUCAGAUGAAAGAAGAACAAACAAAAGCAAUGGAUUUUCUCAGAAGACAAAUAAGCCAGUAUGAAGCCAUCAGGUCUGAGAGGUUGCAUUCCCUGGAAGAGUGCAAAGGUGAGGAAGCUCUGAAACUGCAGAAAGCAAAGGCAGAAAUUGAGAAGCAGCCAAUAAUACUUCAAGAGGAGGGAGAGUCAGAGGAAAUACAAAUGUUAAAGCAACAAAUAGCAGGGCUACAGAAGGAAUUUAGGAGAAACGAGACCCGCUGGCAUGUUGCCCAUGGCAAGUUAAGAAAUCAGGUCGAAGCACUGACCAAACACAACCUGGAGCUUCAAAACGAGCUCAGAGUCUCUGAGCCUCAGAAGAUGGAAGCAGAAAGAAAACACAGAGUGACGGAUUUGGUUAUUGGAAAAACAGAAACACCGGUCUUGGCAGCAAUUUUGAGAGGAACAUCAUCCCAAGAAACCCUGGAAGAGAGAUCAUCGCGAGAUAGACAUAAGAGUCCAAGCAAUGUGCCUGUAGGAAGGAGAGCACGACUGGAUGAAUUGGCCCCUAAGGACAGGAAUACACAAACAACAAGAGGUGCACUGCAGAGAGCUGAGUCACUGAAAUUCACAACAGGAGAACAAAGAGUGAAGAGCCCAUCUAAAACCCUUUAUAACACAACUGCAACACCCACAGGUCGGAGGACGCCCCAUCAAAUGCCGUUUGAACUACAGAAAGCUUUACCACAGCUGGCUCAUAAUCAGCAACAAACUCAUGAAAGAGACUCACCAGUGUCUUCAUCUAACCUAACUGUACUCAAGGAUAUUCAUCCUACUUUGUAUGUUGAAGGUACAUACUCUUCCACCUCGGGUAGUUCAGAAGAUGCAGCUUUUUUAACUAGCCAAAACAAUGACAUUUCAAGCUCUGCAUCCUCGAGUAAUGUGAAAAUACAGGUAAAAGAGAAGCUUAGCCAUAAAAGGGCUCAGAGAUCCGAGAAGCCCUCUGAGCAGGUGGCUUCUACAAUCAUCUCCAGGAGAAAGAGUAUAAACUCAAAUGGCAGUAAAGUUGCAGAAAAUAUUCCUACUUUUAUGGAUGCUGAAAGAAAGAUUCCCCCCCUGAAAUCAAUACUGUCUAGAAGAGCAUCACUAUAUGUUGAAAGCAAGGAGGAUGUGGAAGUGAAAGAGAAAACAGAGUAUCCAGAUGGAAAGGUGAAACAGCUGUUCACAGAUGGUCGCAAAAUUAUUACUUAUCCCAAUGGCACAAAAAUGGAGAUUAGCACUGAUAAAAGGACAACUGUUGUUACUUUUUACAAUGGAGAUGUUAAGAAGAUCUUGCCAGAUCAAAGAGAGGUUUAUUAUUACGCGGAUGCGCAGACAACCAGAACUAUUUACCCAAAUGGCUUGGAGGUGGUGCAGUUUCCUAAUAACCAGAUUGAAAAAUAUCACCCUGAUGGUACAGAAGAAAUUAUGUUUCCAGACCAGACAGUGAAACGCCGCUAUGAUGGAGGUCUUGAAGAAACUGUUUUCCCAGAUGGCACAGUUGUCAAAGUAGAAAAAAGUGGAGUUAAAACCAUCCAGUUCCGUAAUGGGAAAACGGAGAUUCACACUGCGCUGUCCACAAGAAGGGAGUAUCCGGAUGGUACUGUCAAGACUGUCUAUGCUAAUGGUCAACAGGAAACCAAGUAUUCUUCUGGGCGGGUUCGAAUCAAAGAUGAGAAGGGGAUCGUCAUCCUUGAUAAGAAGUGACUCAUUCCUCUGGGUGGUUUCUUAGUGUCAUGUUAUAUUAUGUUAUAUUUUAUUUCUGUGCCAUCUUUUGGCCAGAAAAGGCUCAAACAAGUUAAAAUAAAGUAGAAAAUUGAAACAAUACAGAAAAAUACAACUUACAACACAUUAAUUUAAGAGAGCAAUGUAUUAAUAACAUCUUUUAAGAAGCCAGAGGAAUA